AUGCACACUGAAGAUAGAGAAAGGGGCUACAACCAAAAUUUACUUCAGAACAUACAGGACCAUUGGGUUCAUAUACUUGUCCCUAUGGACUUUGUAUUAGGAUGUUAUUUAGACAGAAAGAAUGAUGAAACGUUAACUGCCUUCCAGAACAAGAGCAUGUUAUUUAAAGGGGAAUUGAGACCCAAUGAAGAAGUUACCUGGAAGUAG